UUGACAUUUGUGUUGCUCUAAGUUCCCUUGUCUGUUAGAAAAUAUUGAGCCCGAAAAUGGCUGCAGCAAGUCUUAUUCGAAGUGCUUUUAGUGGAUUAAUUCGGAAAUCCACCACAAUUAAAACUCCGGUCGUGUGCCGGCUGUCCACUGUGGCUUUGCAACAAAAAUAUCACACGGUGAAAACUAUCGCAAAGCUAUACAAUACUUCUGACUUACAGAAUGGGGUAUCACGUUCGCGUCAAUAUGCCACAGGGCCCGUGCGUAAGGUCACACCUCAGGACAUAGCAGACCGAGUGAUGAAAGUGUGCAAGGCUUACGACAAACUAACUAGUGUGCAGCUUUCCUUGGAAUCACAUUUCAUUCAAGACCUAGGUCUUGAUUCACUAGACCAUGUAGAAGUUAUAAUGGCAAUGGAAGAUGAAUUUGGCUUUGAAAUCCCCGAUGGAGAUGCGGAGAGACUUCUAAGACCUAAAGACAUAGUUCAAUAUAUUUGCGAUAAGGAAGACAUAUUUGAAUAAGUUUUUAGAUCUUAAAAUUUUGAUUUGGUCUACAAUUCAGCAUAGUACCUAGAUUUGUUUUAAUUUUAAAAACAAGCACUGAAUGUCUGUACAUCAAGAGAUGUAAAAAUGUAAAUUGUUUAUAUUUCAUUAUAUGCCUGUUAGAGUAGAUCA